CCACACAAACAUAGUCCGAGUGUGAGGCUAGUAGCCAGUUCCCCCUUAGGGCAGAUGGCGGGAGCCUAUCAAGCUCUACUUAACCUCACUUCUCCGGUGGCCGGAGCGCCUCCGUUCCGAUCGAGGAAACACACAUUUACGACGCCAUAUCUUUUGUUUUCUGGCAAUCGCUCUUUCGGUGCCACCAGAAGCAAUUCGUUGCUUCCUCGAGAACUCCGUUCAGUUACUAGAACACUCGUAAUCAGGAACAGCGCGAAUCCUGCUCAGGAAUUUCAGGGAAAUGAUGGCCCUAACCAACCUCAUCAAGAGUUUGCAUCGACUUUUUUGGCUUCUGCAAAACCAUUCUUGAAUUUUGUUGGUAGCAAUUUUCUUCCAUUAGCUCUUAUUAGUGGAGUAACAUUAGGCCUCAUAAACCCUAGUCUUGGAUGCCUUGCUCACAAAUAUCAUGUAGCAAAAUUUAGCACUUGUGGGAUAUUUCUCAUAUCAGGACUCACACUGCGCAGUGAAGAAGUAGGUGCAGCUGUUGCAGCAUGGCCAGUUGGACUUUAUGGGCUUGCUUCUAUUCUGUUGUUGACUCCCCUUUUUUCAAAAAUCAUCCUGCAAAUUCACCUUCAACCUCAAGAAUUUGUAACAGGACUAGCUUUAUUUUGCUGUAUGCCUACAACAUUAUCAAGUGGAGUUGCUUUAACUCGGCUUGCUGGAGGAAAUUCAGCUUUGGCUCUUGCAAUGACUGUAUUAUCGAGUCUUUUGGGAAUUUUGAUUGUUCCUUUUUCUAUAUCAAAACUUAUAGCUGGUGGAGUAGGUGCAUCUCUUCCUGCUGAUCAGUUAUUCAGAAGCCUUAUUCUCACACUUUUGACACCUUUAAUUUUCGGAAAGGUUUUACGUGAAUCCUUUAAAGGGGUGGCAGAUUUUUGUGAUAGUAAUCGUAAGCUUUUAUCAUCUGUAAAUGCUAUUCUACUAAGUCUGGUCCCUUGGAUACAAGUGAGCAGAUCAAGGUCACUCCUUCUAAUGGUUAAGCUUGAAGUUUUUCUUGUAGCUGUUGUAAUGGGAGCGGUUCUUCACCUGACACUAUUGGGGUUUAAUGCCCUCUCAAUACAAAUCCUAUGUGGCAUAUCGGGUGGCAAUAAAUCGAUUUUUGCAAACAAAGAAAAUUCCAGUGCCCUUUUACUUGUUGCAAGUCAGAAAACUUUGCCAGUAUUGGUUGCAGUUGUGGAUCAACUUGGUGGCAGUUUUGGUGAAUCUGGUUUGCUUGUUCUUCCUUGUGUUGCAGCACAUUUAAACCAGAUUAUCAUGGACUCUUUCUUUGUAAGCUUUUGGAACAAGAAGAAACAGUCACUUGGUGAUGUCAAAUCAGCCUAGAUUUUGCAACCCUAACAUGCUUCUGCAAAAAGGACGAUUGUUACAAGUGCACUUUUUU